AUGGCAACAAACAUCAUCGACUUUCAGAACUGCUUUAUCCUUCUCUUCCUCUGCUUCUUCUCACUACUCUGUUACACUCUCUUCUUCAGGAAACCAAAGGACUUUACUCUGCCUCCGAGUCCUCCUUCUCUACCCAUCAUUGGUCAUCUUCAUCUUCUUCUCUCUGUUCUAAUCCACAGAUCUUUACAGAAACUCUCCUCUAAGUAUGGUUCUAUUCUCUAUCUCCGCAUCUUCAGCUCCCCCAUAGUCCUCGUCUCCUCAGCCUCAGUUGCUUACGAGAUCUUCAGGGCACACGACGUUAACAUUUCCUCUCGUGGAUUCCCUCCGUCCGAAGAUUCCCUUUUCGCUGGAUCUUCCAGCUUCAUCUCUGCUCCCUAUGGAGAUUACUUUAAGUUCAUGAAGAAGGUUCUUGUCACCAACCUGUUAGGAACUCAGGCUCUCAAGCGGUCACGAAGAGUCCGUGCUGAUGAGCUAGAUCGGUUUUACAAUAAAUUGUACGAGAACGCAGGGAAGAAGGAGACCGUGGAGAUCUUUGAGGAAGCGUUGAAGCUCACUAACAACAGCAUCUGCAAGUUAAUCAUGGGGAGGUGUUGUCCAGAGGAGGAAGGUGUGGUGGAAAGACUCAAGGAAUUAGCUACUGAGUUAGAUUUUUUGUCGAAGAAGAUUUUGUUUGCAAACCUAUUGCCCUCAUGGUUAAAGAAGCUUGUUCUCUCACUGUUCAAAAAGGAAGUGAAGGUUCUUUCAAACAGCUUCAAUGAGCUGCUCGAAAAGAUUCUUGUGGAACACGAAGAGAAGCAGGGAGAGCAACAUCAAGAUAAGGACUUGAUAGACAUGUUGUUGGCAGCUUAUGGAGACGAAAAUGCAGAGUAUAAGAUCACUCGGAACCAUAUCAAGUCUUUUUAUGUGGAUCUUUUAUUUGCAGGCAUUACCAACUCGGCGCUACCGAUACAGUGGAUAUUGGCAGAGAUCAUCAACAGCCCCAAGACACUCGAGAGAUUAAGAAGGGAACUCGACUCCAUGGUUGGGACAACAAGAUUGAUUCAAGAAACAGAUUUACCAAACCUCCCUUAUUUGCAAGCAGUGGUCAAGGAAGGGCUAAGACUGCACCCGCCGGAGCCUAUCUUCGAGAGAUUCUUCCAAGAAGGGUGUAAGGUAGGAGGGUUCUAUGUACCAGAGAAAACAACCCUAAUGGUUAAUGCUUAUGCAGUGAUGAGAGAUCCAAAGUACUGGGCAGAUCCUGAUGAGUUUAAGCCAGAGAGGUUUCUAGAUACAUGGCAAGAGGAGGAGAGAAAAGAGCAAGCACUUAAGUACAUUCCUUUCGGAAGUGGAAGAAGAGGCUGUCCUGGAGAAAAUCUAGCUCAUAUCCUUAUAGGAACUGCAAUUGGAGUGAUGAUUCAGGGAUUUGAAUGGAGGUUCAAAGAAGACAAAGUUAACAUGGAAGAGGCUGUUGCAGGACUGAGCUUGACUAUGGCUCAUCCUCUUAUGUGCACUCCUGUUGCUCGAACUCUAAACCCUCUAACGAGUGGUGGUAGCUUCUAG